UAACUAAAUACAUUCUUUCCCCAACUGGUAUAUGAAACUUGUCAUAUCGGUUGUUACAUUGUAUUAUCAUGUAUAGACAUGCAUCUACAGAGGUUCAGUGUCUGGAAAAAAACAUGGCAACAAAGAGAACUCCAAAAUCUAAUCUCAGAGCAGUCAACUUUUGGACUACACUGUUUAUAGAGUUCAUCAUCCAGAAACAGUCACUUAAAACCACACAUUGAUCAUGAUAUUCCCACAGAGCUCUAUGCAAGGGGAUAUGUUGUAUGACUGAUGAGUAAUGAUAAGAUUUGUUUUGUCUGUGUAUGUGUGUGUUUGUACAUGUGUGUGUAAUAGCAUUCAUUGCUUGUCUGUGACACAGGAAGUGGCAUUAAACUUUUUUUGGGGGGGGGCAUAUAUCAUUGUUGACUUAGAAAAAGUCACGGAAAAGAAGAUAAAACCAAAUGAAGAAACAAGUACGAUGGUAUGAGUGGGGAUAGAAAGAAAAGAGAAGAGAAAAGAAGAGCAAGCAGUUUGAAAAGCAAUUGAGAGAAGAGAAAGAGAAGGAUAAUAGGAUGUAGAAACUGAUACCUUAAAGAAGGUGGGAGGUGAUGAAGGGGGGCUGAAGAGAUGCUAUAAGAGCAGAAGUAUAGAGGCAGAUGGCAUCGGAGGGGGCAGAAAGAGGGAAACUUAAGCUUUCUGGAACUGAUUUUCCAUCUCUACAGGCAUUCCGCAGCUUCUAAAAAAAGCCCUGUAUAUUUGAUGUACUGUGUAUACGUGUGUCACUUGACAGGAGCUGCAUUUUUUAAUCAAAGAGCAUAAUGAUUUCUGAGAGGAAAACAGAGAGAGUAAAAUUGAAAACUAGUAAAAUAAGGCAGAACGUUACUGUAUUCAUGAGAGCAGGUUUUAAGAACUCUGCAUGGCAGAGAAAGUCUGAUUGAAAGAGGGAGGGCAUAAACGGCAGAGCGAAUGAGGAGGUAGACUGAGUGUGGGGGUGAGCGAAUGAGAAACGCAGAAUUCAACAGGCUUCUUUAUUCAGAAAGAGAGAGAAACAUCUGAAGUCAACUGAGCUUAACUCGUCUGUUUGGUUCAACUCUGUCCCUCCAUUUGACCACCAGAAUCAUCACAACAGACGUGUUUCGCCUUAGUGGCUGUUCGUCGUUUCUCUGGGAAACUGCAGGGCUCUUGGAGGUGCCAAACACACAUUCAGUAACCACAUCAAAGGCGAGCUGUCUCGAACCUGGAGCAGUGCGAGUGUGUGCGUCAUACAAGGCCGUGAUCAGGCAUCUGUUGCUUUUCGUAGUAGUAGCACAUCAGUUUUGGAUAACUUGCCUGGUUCAUCUUCCCUUCACAUCAAUGCUACGACAAGCACAACAAAUGUUUACAAUGGAUGUAUGACUGUCACUCAUAGCUCCUUUUUGCCUUACAUCAAGAAAAUCUUUUUGAUUAAAAAGCAUUCAAGAAAGACGUUUACAUUUAGAGAGGAGGUACAAGACACGCCUUGACAAAACCCAACAGGACCUUUAUUCCACACUGGGAGAAUAUCAUUGUCAAAAUGGCAACCAAUAGGGAGAGGCCGUUGAGUCACAUGACAGGGUUUUACCCUUUUGCCUUUAAUUCGAUGAGAAACAACUCCCCCUUCGAUCUUCUGGCGAAUGGCCGUCUAUUUGGACGAUUUGGGGCAGACCUACCCAAAGAGAUGGCAGCACUUUCGGUGGAGACCCAGAGCACAAGCUCAGAGGAGAUGGUGCCCAGCUCUCCCUCUCCACCACCACCUCCUCGUAUCUAUAAACCCUGCUUUGUGUGUCAGGAUAAAUCUUCUGGGUAUCAUUAUGGAGUCAGCUCCUGUGAGGGGUGCAAGGGUUUCUUCCGACGCAGUAUCCAGAAAAACAUGGUGUACACAUGCCACAGAGACAAAAACUGCCAGAUCAACAAGGUGACUCGAAACCGUUGCCAGUACUGCCGGCUGCAGAAGUGCUUUGAGGUUGGCAUGUCUAAAGAAGCAGUGCGGAAUGACAGAAAUAAGAAAAAGAUUGUCAUAAAAGAGGAGGUGCUUCAACCAGAAAGCUAUGAGCUGAGCGGAGAACUUGAGGAGCUGGUCAACAAAGUCAGCAAAGCACACCGUGAAACUUUCCCCUCGCUCGGUCAGCUCGGAAAAUACACAACUAACUCCAGUGCGGAUCAUAGGGUUCAGCUAGAUCUUGGAUUAUGGGAUAAAUUUAGUGAACUCUCCACCAAGUGCAUUAUAAAGAUUGUGGAAUUUGCAAAGCGUCUGCCUGGUUUUACCUCCCUUACCAUUGCCGACCAAAUUACAUUGCUGAAGUCUGCCUGCCUUGAUAUAUUGAUGCUGCGGAUUUGCACCCGCUACACUCCCGAGCAGGACACCAUGACCUUCUCGGAUGGCCUGACCCUCAACCGGACACAGAUGCAUAAUGCUGGUUUUGGCCCGCUCACUGACCUGGUGUUUGCUUUCGCUGGUCAGCUUCUACCUCUGGAGAUGGACGAUACAGAGACUGGACUCCUUAGCGCCAUCUGCCUCAUCUGUGCAGACCGCAUGGAUCUGGAGGAACCUCAUAGAGUUGACCAGCUGCAGGAGCCUCUGCUAGAGGCACUGAAGAUCUACGCUCGCCGUCGACGGCCCAACAAACCUCACAUGUUUCCACGGAUGCUGAUGAAGGUCACUGACCUACGCGGUAUCAGCACUAAAGGGGCUGAGCGAGCCAUCACACUCAAGAUGGAGAUCCCAGGCCCUAUGCCUCCUCUGAUACGAGAGAUGCUGGAGAACCCAGAGGCCUUUGAGGAGAGCUCUGAUUCUGGAGACAACGCCGCUGCCGCUCCCCUGCCACCCCCUGCUAUUCAAGCCAUCAAACGGGAGAGGGACGAGGAUCCUGUUCUGGAGGAUGAAGAGGAUGAGGAGGAUGAGUGUGCGGAGGAGGGACGGGAGAGAGCAGGAGACAGUGAGGAUGAGGAAUUGGGUCUGCUGCAGGUCGACAUGGGUGGACCCAGAAAGAGUUUGACGGGAAGAGCUCAGUGACU